AUGGAACUUUUUAACUUAUCGCAAGACGAUUUGAAAGAAUAUUAUCAGUUCAUCAGCCAUAUCAAUGAAGAAAUUUUAGAACAAACCAAUGAAAAAUCUUUAAAGUAUGAUUAUAAUUUUACCAAAGAAGAGGCAAGCAAGCAAUAUCAACGAUAUCAUUGAAACUCGUCCAAUCAAGUAGAAACGAGAGAAAACAAAAAUUUGAAUCUUGACAAUAAAAAUUCCAAGCUUAAGAAGCAAGACAAUGCUCCCUUAAUUUCUUAA